GGGGGCAGUAGGCGCCGGAAAGUCGUUUGUCACCGGAAGAUAACCACAUAGCUCCGCAGCUAAUGCUAACAGUUGUACGUUACAUCCAUGUAGUCAGUUAGCCAUGUAGCUAACUAAUAAAUUAUAAAUAAAACCCACAGUUCAACCUUUUAAACCACAGGUGGGGGAUUUGCUAACGAGACUGGAAAGAGGGCAAGAAAAGGUGAGUAACAAGACCGCAGCUUGCUAACUGACGCUGCCCUCGUGAGAACGUUGUGGUCACUAAGCUAAUGUAGCUGCUAAGCUAAUGCUAAUGCUUAGCUACGACAGCAAGGCCAAUAUUGUAUUAGUAAACGUUAUUAGUUACGUUGAAUUAUGAUAUUUAACUAAACUUGCUGUAUAUGAAUACUCUCUAUGAUUACGUUGUAACGCACUUUGUCUCUUAAUUUCUAACUAUUUAUUACAUUUUAAGGAACUUGACAAAGUCAUUUGGCUGACAUUGUAUGUAAACAGACAGUAGUGUGGCUGCUUCUGUAAACAAAAACUCAGUAUCUUUGCUGAUACCCCUUCGGUCGGUGGUUGAUUUUGGGGUCACAUUAUGAAAGAGUCAACUAGUGAACCCGAAGCCUACAAAAUCAGAAACAUUACAUAAUGUGAACAGUUUACUGACACAUACAGUCACAUAUUGAUGUUGGGAUGUUUACUGUCAAAGGAGGGCAUCGGUCGUUGAAACAAAAAAAAGUAGUAAUAUUCCUGCUCGAUUAUUGAUCUACAACUACCAACAUUUUAUUUAAAAAAAAACAUGCUUUUCAAAGGAAAAAUUAUUUGGCGUCGCUCAUCAACUUUAGUAGAAUUUAAAGUGUUUAACAGUGACUGAAAAGAAGAAAAUGUCCAAAAUAACGACAGAACGUUGGACAUAUAUUGAGCAGCAACGGAUUUUGAAGUACAGAUGAUUUUACACCAACUGCAAUUAAAUUUAUGUAAUCAAAAUGACAUAAUGUAAAACAUCAAAACAGAUUAAAGCAUCACAAUAGCGUAGAUAGUAAAAACUAAUAAUAAUAAUAACUGCGAAGACAAAUUUGUAUAGACAAAUUAAACACUGAUAUCAGCAAUAAAAAACAAGUGGUGUAAAAAUUAGAAAAUAUGGAGUCAAAGAUAUACAAAAUCAUCACUAACUGCAAUCAAAUAGGGCAUUUAAAAACUCUGCAUAAAAGACAUACAGAUUAUUUCUGUUUUAGUAUAGAUAUUUUCUGGUCCUUUAUUUUUUUUUAUAAUUCAAAUCAAACUUAACCUACCAUAUGAGCCAACUCUCAGCACCAUAUGAGCCAACUCACUGCGUCAGAUCCUCUGGCAAAGGCCUCCUGGUUGUUCCAAAGUUGAGGCUCAAAACUAAAGGUAAUUGAGCUUUCUCCAUCAGAGCUCCUCGACUUUGAGGAGAUAAAGCGUGCAGAGAAUGUCACUUCUUUUAAGCCAAAUUUAAAAACGUACUUUUACAGACUCGCUUUUAUGUGAUGCUGUCUUUUAUCUUUUAUCGUUACCUUUCAUCUCUUAUCUCUUUUACCUAAUUUCUGUUGCUCUAUUUUAUCAUUGCUAUCAUUCUCAGGAUUACCUAUUUUAUUAUCAUUGUUGAUAUUGCCUUUUAUAUUUAAUCUCCUGUUUCCGCUUUCGUCCUCCUUUUUAAUUGCAUUUUCCUUUUUUCUUAACUAUGUUAUGUUUUUAUUUCAGUCCUCAUGGUCUCAUUUUAUGUUGCAUGGUUCUUGUAUAGUCUGGGUUCCUUAAGACAUGAAAAUGGCCUUCAAUUCUGUUUUUACUGAGCUUUGUAAAUUUCUGUUGAAAGUGCUAUAAAGAUAAAGUUAUUAUUAUUAUUAUCAUUAUUAUUGUGUUUUUCUUUCCAGUAUAUGACAUAAAGAAUAAGCCUAACCUCCCCCUUUGUAACAAAUAUUGACCAUGGGCUGUUUAAUCCCUCCCGCUCUGGCUAAGAAAUGUCUACAAAUGACUCUUUUUGUUGUGUUUUAUGUUGUACUGAAUAGAUGCAGGCAGGUGACCCUGUAGUUGGUGCACCGAUGGCAGCAGCUGGUGCUCAGAGUCGGUCGGAAGAUGAAGAAUCACUCAGCAUAAAAGAUGUGAAAAGGACAGCGACACAAGUAUUUGGCAGUGGGGUUCCCAAACGAAGGAGUUCCUCAAGGUUUGAUUUGUCUCCUGUUGUAUUGCAUUAAACAAAGUUGUGUGGUUCUUAGGGCUGUAAAAAAAAUUAAGCAUUUUUUGUAAAAUUUCACAAAAAUUUCUGUCUGUAUUUUCUUACAAAAGGUCAAUAAAAAGGAAGAAGUUUGAUGAUGAGCUGGUGGAGAGUAGUCUUGUGAAGUCAUCCAGUAGAGUCAAAGGCCCUCCUGUCAUAGAGCCUGUCCGCUGUUCAGGCAGUGAACCUUCAUCUAGUGAGAAGAAAAAGGUACAUACACUAGAGCAGAAUCCACAGAUCAUCACACAAUGUCAUGGUAAAGAUGAGAUGUUUUCCUGAGUUUGAUGGAUAAUGAUUGUAUCUGAAUUCAAAUCUGUCAGGUGACAAAGUCAGGUUCAGCCCUCACUCCACCUUUACCUAUGAUAAUGAACCCUACGCCCAUCACUAAACGAGUGAAGAAAAGCAAGCAGCCUCUACAUAUCACUAAAGACUUGGGGCGAUGGAAACCAACUGAUGACCUACUACUGAUAAAUGCAGUGUUGCAGGUAAGAAGUAAAAAAGUUAAACUCAUAGACCGGUUAUUGUUGGGAACUAUAAGACUGUGUUGUCAGUCUGUCGUGCCAUUUUAUGAUUUGGUGUGUCUCCAGACUACAGACCUCACCUCUGUUCACCUUGGUGUCAAGUUCAGCUGUCGUUUCACAUUGCGCGAGAUAAAAGAAAGGUGGUACGCUCUCCUCUAUGAUCCUGUCAUCUCAAAGUAAGACACUCAGCCUACAGGAGCUUUACCUUCCCCACCAUGUCUAAAUAUUAUUCACUGAGAAGAUAACCGAAUUGUUAUUGUUGAUUGUUAUUGUUGUCUCUCCUCUUAGGCUCGCAUGGCAGGCCAUGCGUCAGCUUCACCCAGAAGCCAUUGCAGCGAUCCAAAGCAAAGCUCUGUUUAGUCAGGCUGAGGAGGCGCUGCUGGCUAAGAUUGGUUCAGUGAGUAAAAACUGCUUUGUAAAAGAACUGUUGUCGAACAAAAUGACUUAUUAUCAAUAUGAUUAUUUAAUAUAACAAUAAAAUUUAAUCAAACAAAGUCUGUAUCUGUAAAGUAUUAACAUCUGUUGAGUUGUCUUGGCCAUAUUUUCAAUCAUAUCUGGGCUUUAUAUCAUUUGCAAACAAUCGAAUUCUGCUUUUAUAAACAUUUGAUGCAGACCAAAUCGUAUAACUAAACAAUUUUGACAAUUGUUUUUGUGCUUAAUUUGUCAUUGAAUAGACCAGUCAGCCCAAACUGGACGUGUUCCAGGAGCUUCUAAGCAAACACCCUGGUGUCUUUCACCCGUCUCGCACCUCCAAAAGCCUGCUGGUGCACUGGCAGCUGCUUAAGCAGUACUACCUGCUUGAUGAUCAGAGUGGUGAGUAAAGCACAGAAUCAAAAGUUGGGGCUUUGUGUUGAUGUAGAAGAGACCAAGGAAAGAUGAAGGUCCUGACCAGGAAGGGAUCUUUUUUAUGAAUCUAUGAAAAGAUAGAAAGAAAAUUAAUUUGGUUGUGUUAGGAUUUAGCCCUGAUUGUUGACUGACUGUUGUUCUUUUAUACAUCAUCUGCUUUUUGAUUGUGUGUUGCAGUCCAGCCUCUCCCUAAGGGGGACCAGGUCCUCAACUUCUCUGAUGCUGAGCAGAUGGUUGAUGAUGUGAAGCUAAAGUAAGUCAGUCUUUCAUUUUGCAUCAGUGUUUUUGUAUCGUCACCCCAUAUACUGUGGCUGUGAGGCUUAAAGCUGUGUUUGUUUUCACACAGGGAGAGCAGAGACGAGGUGUUGGAACACGGUAAGAAACCAGAAUAAGCGUGUUCAGGCUUGGCUUGUUCUAAAUAAUCAUUUGCUUUUGCUCUUAAUGGAAUAUGUCCUUAUGGAUCCCUUCAGAAAAUGCUUGUAUCUCUUGUUGGCCUUUAUAGUGCUAAGAUAAAUGAACUGUCUCUGGGUUUCCCUUCAUUCAUUGCAGAGCUGAUGAUUUCAGACCGCAACCAGAAAAAGGAGAUUCGGCAGUUAGAGCAGGAGUUGCCUCGUUGGCAAGUCCUAGUAGACAGUAUCACAGGUAGGUCAUCUUUUAGUCUUCGAGUGGAAGCAGAUUAAUUUAGGUAUGUAUUUCUUUGGGUAUUUAGCUUUCUACUUGUGUUGUUUACCAGGAAUGAGCAUGCCUGACUUUGACAACCAGACACUGGCAGCUCUACGGGGGAGAAUGGUACGCUACCUCAUGAGGUCAAGAGAGGUGAGAACUCUUACAGAAACUGUAGACGGAAGUAGUGCAUGGAAAAAAGGGAGAGGGGGUGUAAUCUGAACUAUUUCCACAAUAAUCUUGAGAAUGGUCAACCUUUAAUGCAUGUCCUAUCCAUCCAUAUAGAUCACGUUGGGCAGGGCGACCAAGGAUAAACCCAUAGAUGUGGAUCUAUCACUGGAGGGACCAGCCUGGAAAAUCUCAAGAAAACAAGGUGCGUAUUCUUGUUGAAAGUCUCGCUGUUAUGUCACGUGUGGAUCAAUGGUGUCAACUGAUUGAUUUUCAAUAAGAGGCAGCAGCUUGGAGAAUGGAGGGAGAGCAAUGAAAGCUAAUGAAAUUUCUCUGAAUUUUGCGUUAGUGAAGUAUUUGAAUGGUUUUACUUUCACAACGUGGUGUUCUAAACAUUGAGAAUAUUUAGCCAUAUUGAUAAUCAGAUAUAUUGGUGACUUUUUCGCGGUUAUGAAGCCUUACACUACUUUUUUAGCCCUUGAACCUGUGUCUUUAUUUUGUAGUACCUGACCCACAAAGUUUACUCUCUAGGAACUGGGUUAAAUCUUUACAGCAUUUUUGUCUGGCAAAAAAGAUCUAUUGUGCUUUGUAUCAGCAUAAAGAUAGCAGAUAAGCUGCUGUUUGGCCACAAGAAGUCAAGAUAACAAGGAGAAAACAACUGACCUUACAUAAGUAUAUGUCUUCCACUGAUAAAUUCUAGUGUCGACAUGUUGUGAUUCCCAACAUCAGCAGCUACUAUCCUGUUUGAAAUAACCACAUAUUUCUCAGAUAUCUCAGCAAUUUUUGUGACAACAUUUAUGACCUUUAUUUAAAUAGUGCAGGCACGAAGAAACAAAGUGCUUUAGAAUCAGCUUAUGUUACAAUAGAAAUUGAGAUAAUUAAAAUGCAGAGGUACAAGACAUAAAAUAAUGUAAAGAAAUAAAAGCUUUACCAAAACAUAACGUUUCAGAGGAGGUUCAAAAGCAGAGACAGAACUAACCAGCUGGAUUUCACUCCAGAGCCUGACAGUCCUUUGUCUAAGAGUUGGAUUUAAUAUUUCUGAAUGAUGCAGAAAUGGAGGAGAAGUCAAUGCAGGAUUGGGAAUGUGUGGUGGUAUUUUCUUGAAUUACUGAUGGGUCUGGUUGCAGUAUUUUUGACCUAUUGAAGUUGAAGAUUUAACGCUUGAGAACUUUAUAAAACUCUGAAUGGGGAAAAAAGAGCAUGAAAAACCCUGUAUGAGUUGUGAAAAGGAAUCGGUGUAAAAAAGUAACUCGAGCUGUGGAAAGCAUGGAUGCCUUACUUUCUUUACUGGAGAAAUCAAAGAAAGUUAGGCAUCCAAAGGCAGCACACAGGGUCAUGGGCAUUGUAGUGGAGGGAAAAGUGGACCUGACUACCCAGGGCCCGAGUGCUUGAUGUUUGAUGUUUUGUGAUCAGGAUCCAAGAUUUCAAGAUUCUUUAAGAUCUGGUCAAUGACCCGUGUUGAUGUCUACAGGAAUUAUCAAGCUGAAGAAUAAUGGAGACUUCUUCAUCGCCAAUGAGGGCAGACGACCCAUCUACAUAGAUGGAAGACCAGUCCUGUCAGGGAACAAGUGGAAACUCAACAACAAUUCAGUUGUGGAGGUUAGAGCAAAGUGACAGUAAAAUGCAAUCCCCUCUGAAGAUGUUUUUUCCACACUAGCAUGAGACAUGAUGUUAACCUCAUUCUGCAUGUUUGUUCAGAUCGCAGGUCUUCGUUUUGUGUUUCUAAUCAACCUGGAACUCAUCUCAUUGAUAAAAGCUGAAGCAGCAAAGAUGACACAGCAGUGAGCGUCAGCCCUCGAAGAGAGGAGUGAACACAGAGGACACAGUGGAUCUAGUCAGUUUUUCUCUGCCCACAGUGGAUUUCAGCUUUUCCCACAGAGACUAGUAAUGCUGCCACUUAAACAUGGAGGUACAUAUUUACAGUUUGAACACGUCUGGACAUUUCCCAUGUUGUUAUGUAGACACUCUCAUGGUAAAGUUCUGUUUUUUUGUUUUUUUUCAACUUUGCAUAAUAUUGUAUUUAAAUUCUGUAGAAACGCUUUUGAAGGUAUUAAAAUGUAUUCACAUUUUUCCGAAGUUUCCUGCAGUGACUUUACUGUUGAAGAAUCAAGUUGGAUAUUUUGAAAAACUAAACAACAAAUCGUUAAUAUGGGCGGUCCCCUUAAAGUCCCUGAAUAAUCAAGGUCUAUGUAGUUUGCGCAAAAACAAUAAAAAUUUUGAAUAUCUAUACUGAAGGAAAGUAGCAAAAAAGGAGAAAGUAAUACUUUGCCAUCAUUUCAUGGUACACUUAUUCUACAUCAUUAUUACAUGUUUUCUUUGACAUGAACAGCUUGAAGGCUGUUAGUUCAAAACAGCAGAGUUGAAUCAAUGUGCUGACCAAUUAAAGCACGUGUUACAGCAUUGAGUAAAGGCAAAACUUCAUUAACCUAAAUAUUGACAGAGUUACGUGUAUUAGUUUUGUCUGCGAACAGGAGAAUGUAUGUGGAGGUCAUAUAUUUGAUAGAUGGCAAAGACAUUUAAAUGGUGGAGGAAAUCAAAUUAAUUGGUGUGACAAUAGACCCUGAGCUCUUGGAAACCUCACAUUGGAUGUACAGACUUUGGAAAUAGCAAAAAUACAUGGUUAUACACUGUUUACUGGACCACACCUCACUAAUGCUAUUGUACCUUAUGUUGAUCUCAACUUGUCUUAUUGAGCAAAGUUAUGAAGGAAAAUUAUAAUAUUUCCUUAAAUCCACUAAAUUUGGUCAAUAAACAAAUCAACAACUAAA